AUGGCGACCCAGAUUAAGGCCGGUGCUGUCCGCACGUUCUACUCUCCAGAAAAGGAUACAGACCGUAUCGAUGUCGGAUAUCAUGAUCCACGUCGAGGGCAGAACAACCAGAACAACAUGAAUCUGGGAGUUUAUCAUUCCAAGUCCCGACAGAGAGCACAGAACGUCCAGCCAGAAGAAGAUGAGAGCCAGCUAGAAAUUUCUGGCAGCUCGUCGAUUUCUGAAGAGAGUGAGAAUGAUGGAGGCAGCCAAGGCAAGAAGGAGAGCAGCGUUUCCCACCCGUUGUACCCACAGCACCGCGCCAAUCCAUUCGCAGAGUAUUGGCAGAGUAUUUGGCGUAAUCUCUUACUUUUUUACGCCUAUUUGGUUGGCAGAACAGGUGUCAGGGUGGGCGGCAUGUUUGAGGAUUGA